AUGAAUGUAUCACUCCUGGUCAGUCUUCCCCCACUCCCCUGCGUCCCCACCAUGCCCUGCUAUGCUGUCCCACUUUCUCUUCUUGCAGGGAUUGUUUCCAUCAUCACCCUAACCACGCUGGCAUAUGAGUGUCAUAUUUGCAUGAUCCAUGCCAGAGUGAUCAAUUUUCCCCAGGCCUGGAGGACCAUUCCUUGCAUCUGACUGUCCUCAAUAGUGCGGUCAGGAGCAUCUCUCCUGGGCUGGAACAACCACAUCCUGGACAUGCAUGGACCAGGCUGCAAUGGGGACUGGCCAUCCAAGGACACCCACCAUUCCUCCUUUGUGUUUGUUUCUUGGCUGCCUGAUGGUGUCAUUGCUCACUGUUACGGCCAUAUUCUGUUUUCCAUUCAAAAUUGUGAUGGUGUAGGAGACUGGGCCUUUGGCAGAGUAAGGGUCAAACUUUUACUUAAUAUUCAACUUUAUUUCCUCCCUGCCCAGUUUUAAAGAGCCCUCUUGCAGCUCUUAUAUUUCUAACUGAUGAGAUGCCAGACACCAGCUUAAGACCUAUCUGCAGUUGGGAGAGAAAUGCAUUUAAGAUCCAUUGUGAUGUUACAGAAAGACAGAGACAAGCCAAACAAAAAAGUGACUUUUAACUCUUCUUCCAUCAUUUUUAUCAUCACUAAUGAUGAAUCAUUAUCAGUGGGUGACAGUGACAGAACCAAUGGGUCAAAGUUUGAUGUAAUCCAAGUUCAUCCUUUAUAG